UCAAUUUUAUAAUUUUUCAUUGAUUUCUUGGUUGAAAUGUGAAGCAUUACUACUGACUUGAUCUUAUAGGAAAGACAAAGUUAAUUGGUAGGAAGUAGAGAGAUAAAGUUCAAUCUCUGUAGUUCUGGUCUUGUAGAGUAUGUAGAGUAUGUAGAUAGAGAUAAUAUCAUUUUCCAGAUCCACAGUAUUUGUCUUAUGUUGAUAGAGAUAAUAUCUUCUUUUUUCUGAUUAAGUGAGCUCAAUCAUUGAAUGACCUUGACUCAAUUCAAAAUGAAGCUUUUAUUUUUCUUCUCUUUGCUUCUUCAUUGAUAGAUCAAAGUGAAUAAAAUUCAGUAGUAAUUGUUGCGUUUGUGCUUUGAUGUAGGUUUUCUAGCUUUGAAAUGUUAUUUUACUUGCAUUUUUUUCUUUUGGCAAAUUCUUUUACUUACAUGUGAUUGACUGCCCUGUUUAAUUUAUGCAAAUUAAACCGAUGUAAAAAAAAGCGAGUGACUGCUCUUUUGAUUCAAAUGGAAACGUAAAAGACCACACGAGAAUUGUAAAGAGUGAAUUUUUCAACUCGCAAUUGCUAAAUAUUUUUUUUUUUGGUUCUGAUUUUAUUACGGAGUAAUUUAUUUUGUAAGGAAACUUCUCUAUUAGGUGGGUAUAUAAUUAUAUAUUAAUGAACUUUUUUUUGAUGGGAGCAAUGAAAACUCUUUUGCCACGCAUAAUAGUCCAAAGAAAUUAAAAACAACUGCAAAAACUAUUGAGUUUUUAUACAAUUGCAAAUACUAUAAUAUGCUUUGGUCAAACUCAACCCAAGAUGAGUUUUUAUAAUAAAUAUUUACAACUUGCAACAUGAGUAUCCCAAAACAGCAAUUUAAUCCCUGUUUUAGUCUAAUUCAAAACUCAAAACCAGCGGUUUUCAUUAAACAGUUUUCCUUCAUAUGUAUCAUGACCAUUAAGAUAAUGAAAUCAUAUUGUUUUUAUAAUGGUUUUCAAGACUGCAGACUUCUGCCUAAACUCACCUUGAGUAGGUACAACGUACAAUGGUACUAGUAUAAAUAAACACCACAAAAGUCACUUUUAGUAAUAUGUUUCAUCACUUCAAUUUUAUAUCACAAGUAUCAUUUCUUCUUUUGUACAUUUGAAAUAUUAAACCAUGUCAUCAAAGGUUAGCCAUGUGGAGGACGUGGAGCUCUCGAAAAUGGAGGAAGGAUCAGUCGGGGGCACAAGUAAUCAACCCACCACCGGAGUGCCUACCAGUGUAUCCUCUAGUUCAGGCUUCUCGAUCAUAGUUGCAACCACUUUGCAAAAGUUGUUAGCAGAGCUCAUCGGAACAUACCUCAUAGUUUUCACAGGAUGUGCAGCUAUUAUAGUGGAAAAGACCAAAGGCGAAGUGACGUAUCCAGGAAUUUGCCUCACUUGGGGAUUAAUUAUUAUGAUUGUAGUUUACACUUUGGAGCAUAUUUCUUGCCAUUUUAAUCCAUCAGUAACCAUUACUUAUGCUCUUCUCAGAGGGUUUCCCUGGAAACAGGUUCCCUUUUACAUUGGUGCUCAAAUAUUGGGCUCUAUUCUAGCAAGUGGCACUCUAUCUCUUUUGCUUGAUGUACCUCCUGAGGCUUACUUUGGGAAUCUUCCUUCCGGGUCAGAUGCUCAAUCUGUAGUUAUGGAGAUCAUUAUUUCCUUCAUCCUCAUGUUCGUCAUUUUUGGCACUGCCUUCGAUGAAAGAGCGCAUAACCAGUUUGCUGGGGUUGCCAUUGGAAUGACAGUGCUAAUGAAUGCAUUGAUUGCUGGGACAAUUUCUGGAGCAUCAAUGAAUCCUGCAAGAAGUAUAGGACCAGCAGUAGUCAUGCAUAUCUACCGAGGGCUUUGGAUUUACGUUGUUGGUCCAACAAUUGGGUGCAUACUUGGUGGAAUUGCCUAUAACUCGAUGCGAUACAUGGACCAAUUCCCAUCCAAGGUCACUAGCUGGAGCAUCUCCUUUGAUAAGAAGUUGAUCAAUUGGUUUAGUAUUUUGAAGGGCAAAUUCUUUGAUGCAUUCCACAAAGUUCAUUAAAAUUUUAGCACUCUAGCACCUUGUUUGGAUUUUAACUUGUACAAUUGUAAUUUGUAAACAUCCUUCAUCAUUCUUUACUCCUUCAGUUGGGUAAAAAAUCCAUGUACUGUGUAUAUUUACUUUUAACACGGAUAAUUAGUCACCUCUUAUGCUAAGAAUCACUUCAAUUUUAAUUAUUGG